GGCGAACCUGUCCAACUACUGUCUCCCAACUGGUUUUCUCCCUCUCUCUCUCUUUUUCUCUCUCUAGAAUUAUAAUCACAAAAGUUGCCGAUCUGUCCUGUCUCUACAAUUUUGACCUAUCGUAUUGAUUUCAAUUUGUACACAGUAUACGUAUUUGCAAAUCUGCGAAUAAUUUGUGCACUUGAGACCCGAGACUGACCACACAGAAGCUGAUUUUGAGGCUUGCAAUCGAUUAGUCAAUGGCCGCACCACCGGCGAGGGCGAGGGCGGAUUAUGAUUACCUCAUCAAGCUUCUCCUCAUCGGCGACAGCGGUGUGGGUAAGAGUUGUCUUCUUUUGCGAUUCUCUGAUGGUUCCUUCACAACUAGUUUCAUCACUACCAUUGGAAUUGAUUUUAAGAUAAGAACUGUUGAGCUUGACGGAAAGCGGAUCAAGCUUCAAAUUUGGGAUACAGCUGGACAAGAGCGAUUCCGCACUAUCACCACAGCUUAUUAUCGUGGUGCAAUGGGAAUAUUGCUGGUUUAUGAUGUUACUGAUGAAUCGUCUUUUAACAAUAUUAGGAACUGGAUUAGAAACAUUGAACAGCAUGCUUCUGACAACGUCAACAAGAUAUUGGUAGGAAACAAAGCUGACAUGGACGAAAGCAAAAGGGCCGUUCCAACCUCCAAGGGCCAAGCACUCGCUGAUGAGUAUGGCAUCAAAUUCUUUGAAACCAGUGCGAAAACAAAUCUUAAUGUUGAAGAAGUUUUCUUCUCAAUAGCCAGGGACAUAAAGCAAAGGCUUUCCGAUACUGACACGAAAGCAGAGCCGACUACCAUCAAAAUCAAUCAACCCGACGGAUCUGCUGGAGGCGGGCAACUUGCACAGAAGUCGGCGUGCUGUGGUUCUUGAACGAGCAGAGAACGUCAAGAGCAAUGGGCACCAGUGUCGCGCGGGGAAGAAGAAACAGGGGGGGUGAAUAUUUGUGGAAUUUUGGCUUCUGGAAAUGGGGGUCUCUAGUGUGGUAAUGAUAUAGGUUCAUGUUGAUUUGAGACAAAGGAAUUUGAGUGUUGCUAUAACUAUUAAGUUUAACGCACGUAUUCUACAUUCAAAUGUCCACGCAGAUUUCAUAUUUUUAUGUGCGAUGUGCAAAGACCUAUGUUCUGAAACUACUUGUUCAAAAAACAUUUGUCAUUUAAUUUA